AGUCGGACGGAAGUGCCGUGUUGGGGCAGAUUUUGCCAGGAAUAACUAGCAAAGUACACAAAUGUUUUGUAAGAAAACCUGCUAAGAAGACGAGUGAACUCCAUCACACCCGUCAGUAUAGCAGCUGAAUGGCUGAAGCCUCAAUUACAGCGGACUUCUAUGCAGGUGUAUCGGAGCUGAAUCCGGAGUCCACUGAGUUUCUUCCACGCGAGAGGAACAACCAGAAACACACCAGAAGGGGUCAACCCAGAUCAGACCACAGCCGGAUCUGGAGUAACCACCGUGCUCCCCCUCAGCAGCAGCAACAACCCUUUUAUGGAGAGGAGCUGCCGCAGCAUCAGGAAAACCAAACUGGCCCAAAAAAACACAGAUCCUUCCCUAACCAAGAGGAUGGAAGAAGGAGAGGAAAGGGAAGAGUCAGAGAAAGAGGGGGUGCUGGAAGCAGGCCCCCAGGGAGCCACGGCCUCCAAAAUCCGAGAUGGCAGAGGCCCAGCCACGACAGGGCUUUCCCAGUAGAAAACAGUGGCCCUCCUGGAGCGAGCUAUCGGGAGGAGGCCUCUCCUGCUGAGAGGCCUGACAUAGGUGGGCUGAGCUGGCGAAGAGGGAAUGGGAGGGAGAGUGAGGCGCUGCUGGCCCAGGAGGACCGCAGAGAGGAGUACCAUAGAAAGCCCAGGAAGUUCAGUCAGGAGCCCAGGAGAGGUGAUAUGGAGAGGAACGCAAGGGAGCCAGCCCACAGGGAGAACCAGGACAGCCACACCACAGCAGCAGACCGGGAUUCUCCCAAGCCCACCGAGGCAGAUUCCAGGCUGAGGAACAGAAGAGGCGGGAAAACGGGGGACAGGAACCCCCGCUUUGACUCCAGGAAGAAUGCCCCACCCUUCAGGGACGGGCAGGGGAGCAGGGGCGACCCCCCUUGGGAAGGGGCGAAGGCAGUCAGGGAAGUUGACAACCACAGCUCUUCACUCCCCACUGAUGGGACUGGGCUCAUUGGGGGACAGGAGCUUAGUUGGAGGGGUGGGAGGGGCCAGGGGAGACAAACGCCAACACACAACCGCAAGCCAAGGAGGCCACUAAACUGGGAACAAAGGUGGGGGCAGGGGCAGAGGAAGCAGGUGGAGGUGCCCAAGAGUAAGGAGACACAGACAGGGUGCCUGAUUGAGCAGCUUUCGGAGGAGAAGUACGAGUGCAUGGUGUGCUGUGAUGUCAUCAGGGUCAUGGCCCCGGUCUGGAGCUGCUUGAGCUGCUUCCAUGUCUUCCACCUCAACUGCAUCAAGAAGUGGGCCCGCUCCCCAGCUUCGCAGGCGGAGGAUGGAACUGAGGGAUGGAGGUGUCCUGCGUGCCAGAAUGUAGCCUCUUGCACCCCAAACUCCUACACGUGCUUCUGUGGAAAGGUAACGAACCCAGAGUGGCAGCGUAGUGAGAUUCCACACAGCUGUGGAGAGAUGUGUGGCAAGAAGAGAAGUGGAGUGGACUGCAACCACCCUUGCAACAUCUUGUGUCAUCCUGGGCCCUGUCCACAGUGUCCUGCCAUGGUUACCAAAGCCUGCGUCUGUGGAAAGGCAAAUCAGCUGGUGCGCUGCGGUCAGUCGGCUGCCAUCCACUGUGGCACAGUGUGUGGUGCUCCACUCAGCUGCGGGGAACACAGCUGUGCCCAGGUCUGUCACAGCGGAAACUGCCAGCCUUGCCAGCUGCUCACUCAGCAAGUGUGUUACUGUGGAGUGGUGUCUCGGGAGGUGCCAUGCGGAACUGAUAGGGGCAGCUUUGACGGAUUUGGGCACUUUUCCUGUCCGAAGCUGUGUGGAAAGCUGCUAGACUGUGGGAAUCACCACUGCCAGCAGGCCUGCCACCCUGGGCGCUGUCCAUCCUGCCCCCGGCUGCCCAGGCUGGUGCGCUGCUGCCCCUGCGGCCAGACAUCCAUGUCCAAGCUCCUGGAGCUGGGCUACACCGAGCGGAGCAGCUGCACAGACCCCAUCCCCUCUUGUGGGAAGACCUGCGGGAGGCCCCUGCCGUGCGGGUCCAGCGACACUAUCCAUAUGUGUGAGAACUUGUGCCACGAGGGCAGCUGUGGGCCUUGCUCUCUCACGUCCACCAUCAAGUGCCGAUGUGGCUUCAAGAGUAAAGAAGUCCCUUGUGCUACAAUCCAAAGUGAAGGUGAACUUGUGUUUACGUGUGAGAGGCGCUGCAGCAAAAAGCGAUCCUGUGGUCGUCACAGGUGUAAUGAACUUUGCUGCGUGGACAAAGAGCACCGCUGCUCUCUCACCUGUGGGUACAAGCUCAACUGUGGCCUCCACCGUUGCCAAGACACCUGUCAUCGUGGGAACUGUCAGCCCUGCUGGCAAACUAGCUUCGAUGAACUGACAUGCCACUGUGGGGAGACAGUCAUGUACCCGCCUAUACCAUGUGGCACCAAACCGCCUGAGUGCAAGAACCUCUGCACUCGGAGACACCAGUGUGAUCACCCAGUGUUCCACAACUGCCACAGUGAUGAGAAAUGUCCUCCUUGUACCUACCUCACCCAGAAGUGGUGCAUGGGGAACCACGAGCAAAGGAGCAACAUCCCCUGCCACCUGACAGACAUCUCCUGUGGUCUACCCUGCAACAAGCCGCUCCCCUGUGGCAUGCACCACUGUGCUCGAAUCUGUCACCGGGGCGACUGUCUCAGCGACGGUGGCUGUAGGCAGCCUUGCACUGCACCCCGUCAAGAAUGCGGUCACCCCUGCGCUGCCCCCUGCCACCAGAGCUCCCCGUGCCCACGCAACGCCUGCAGCGCCAAGGUGACACUGUUGUGUGACUGCGGCCGCAGGAAAGAAACGGUCAUCUGCACAGAUGCACUCAGCUCCUACCAGAGAAUUGCAGCCAUUGCUAUGGCAAGCAAGCUGGCGGACAUGCAGCUGGGUGCAUCGGUGGAUAUUGGCCAGCUCAUCACCAAGAAGGAGAUGAAGCAGACCAGGUUGGAGUGUGACGAGGACUGUGCGGCUCUGGAGAGGAACAGGCGAUUGGCAGAGGCUUUACAAAUCGACCAAUCCUCAGACCCCUUCAACGUCCGAUCCUCGUCCUCCAAGUACAGCGACAGUCUCAAGGAAGAUGCCAGAAAAGAAUUAAAGUUUGUAAGUGAGGUGGAAGAUGAGAUGAAGAACUUGGUGGAACUUGCCAACAAGGGCAAGCAGAUAAAGAGGAGCUACUGCUUCCCACCGAUGAAUAGAGAGCACCGCAAGAUCAUCCAUGAGCUGGCUGAGGCCUAUGGUAUCGAGAGCGUCAGCUAUGACAGUGAGCCCAAGCGCAACGUGGUGAUCACUGCUGUGAGAGGGAAAUCAGCCUGUCCCAACUCAACUCUAACAGCUCUGAUAGAGAGGGAGACAGCAGGGAGAGCUCCACCACCAAUUGCCCACACCAAACAACACAGCAAGAACAACAAUGGGAGCCACUUGUUGAAGGCUGUCAAAGGGGAACCUGCUAUUGACUACUUUGAUGUCCAGGAUUGAACUGACUCUAAAAUGCAGAAGAUCUAAAACCCAGACAGCACCAUCAGAAUAAAUGUUUGAA